GCUCGCCUAGGGGAAACAGUCGUCCUUUUAAGUAUUUAACGAGAUCAAAAGCCAAGUUCGUCAUGGAGGCAUUUCAGAAGGAGUUGAAUGACAUCAAAGGGAAGCUAACAGAGUUUGAUGAAAAGCUAGUAGGGUUCGAUGAGAAACUGAUGGGUUUCGAUGAGAUGAAAGGCCAGCUCGACACGAUAUUGAGCAUAUUGUCAAGAAAAGUGAAGGAGGUUGCAACGAACGAGGAAGAAAUCAUAUUUGACGACGAUGAUCACUAUGAGCAACCUCAGGGAAACGUCUCGGGUAGUAAAUUCAUCCUCAUACCUUUGAAGAACACAGGCGACAAAGGUGACAUUGGGUCAUCAAAGCAUGACAAAUCUGGAGAACCCGAGAAGCAAGAGGAACAUAAAAUCAAAGCUAUAUUAGAAGAAAAAUUAGAACACAUGAAUGAACGAAUAAGAAGCAUUGAAGGAGUUGAAUUGUACGAGCCUAUGGAUGCAUCAAAACUAUGUCUAGUCCCAGAUGUCGUGAUUCCUCACAAGUUUCAAAUGCCAUAAUGUGAAAGAUACAAUGGCACCACUUGCCCAAAAAGUCAUCUAGUCAUGUACUACAACAAAAUGGCCAACCAUAUUCGAGAUGAAAGGUUAAUGGUACAUUGCUUCCAAAACAUCCUGAGUAGUUCUGCCCUACGAUGGUAUAUGCAACUAGAGAAAACAAAAGUGAGAAGAUGGC